AGGGGUCAGCAUCCGGUCCCGGUGUGAGACCGCGAAGGCCUACGGUGGCGUUGGGCAUGGAUGUGCCGAAUGCCGAGGCGGGGAGGAUAGCACCGUCCCAUCCGAGAGCGGUCUUCCAAUCCUCAGGCGUCGGGACGGCUUUGACACCGACGGCGAGGACAGCGGCGAGGACAGCGGUGAAGAACUGAGAAGCAAAAUCAGUCUUAGCCCGGAUCAGUCAUCUCGGGCACGCACGGGGGUGCCCAGUGUGGUCGAGUCGCGCUUAGAGUCGACGUACCUGUCACGCAGAUAGCACCUAAGCUCCUGGGUCCGCGCUUGGUGGUCGUCUAUGAACGUUUGAACCACUCAGUUGCGCAGAUAAGAUGAUUAGUCGACGAGGGAAACGGCAAUAAUGCAGAAUGGUUCGUGCACUAUGCCAAAGUACGCCACAAAUGUUCGCGCGAUUUCCAGCCCCGUCACCGAAGCGAGAAACUUGCAUAUUGACAAGAUUGCACUGAAUCACUAGUGAGUCAGAUUGCCAUGUCAUGACCGUGCCAUUCCGCGCCGCCAUUAUGCACCGUCAGCACGUCAUCUUUU